UCUCCAAACAUUUGAGAGCUGAUGGGAGGAUGCUGCUUGCGUCCUGCCCACACACACACACACUCACAUUCACUCACGAGGAUGAAACGAUGCUGAAGUUCCACAAUAUGAACUCCUGAGUGACAGAGAUGAAGCAGACUGCACUGCACGGCGAGCUGGCUGAAUUUAAGAUGACCUGUUCACAUGUUGUUCAGACUGCUGGCAGCUGAUAUGCUGAAGGGCUGAAAGAACGGAGCUCAACGAGGACCAACACAACACACUGUAAACAUUUCCUUGCAUCGUGGUGGUUGAACUUGUUGACGGGACUUCCUUUAGGGAACCGCCAUCCAAAAGCCAGCAUGGCUGACAAAGUGAAUACAUUGCCAUUCUUCUAUGGCAACAUCACCAGGGAGGAAGCAGAAGACUACCUGCGGCAGACAGGCAUGACCAACGGCUUGUACCUUCUACGGCAAAGCCGAAACUAUCUUGGAGGCUUUGCACUGUCUGUGUCGCAUUCAGGCCGCUGCUAUCACUACACCAUUGAAAGAGAACCCAACGAAACAUUUGCUAUCGCUGGUGGUAAGAGCCACCGAACCCCUGUGGAUGUGAUUGAUUAUCACUCCCAGGAAAUGGAUGGCCUUGUGUGUCUGCUAAAGAAGCCCUGCAACAGGCCAAAGAACAUGCAGCCAAAGGUGGGGCAGUUCGAAGACCUGAAGGAAAAACUGAUCCGAGAAUAUGUGAAGCAGACUUGGAACCUGCAGGGUGCAGCUCUGGAGCAGGCCAUCAUCAGCCAGAGGCCUCAGCUGGAGAAGCUCAUUGCCACUACUGCACAUGAAAAAAUGCCCUGGUUCCAUGGAACCAUAACACGAGAAGGCUCCGAACCCAGGCUUCAAAAUGGCUCCCGUACGAAUGGAAAGUUUCUGAUCCGACAGAGAGAUCAGAAUGGAUCUUAUGCUCUUUGUUUACUACAUGAAGGACAGGUCAUGCAUUAUCGCAUUGACAGGGACUCGGCUGGUAAACUCUCUAUCCCAGAUGGCAAGAAGUUUGACACUCUGUGGCAGUUGGUGGAGCACUACUCAUACAAACCAGACGGCCUGCUGAGAGUGCUAACAGAGCCCUGUCAAAGACCUGAUGGAGACAUAGCAAUAGGACGACCUCCGCUCCCACGGGACCAUCCGGCAUUAGGUGUCUUGCAAAAUGCAGCAGAUGGAAUUCUCUCCAAACUCAUACCUGGCCGAAAAAAGAGGCCAGGAUCUCGACCCAGCGUCACAGAUCUCAAUCCCUAUGAAACCAGAGUGCCCAAUAAUCAGGCAGCCAGCAAAGAGGCCAUGCCAAUGGACACAGAGGUAUAUGAGAGUCCAUACGCAGACCCAGAUGAACUUAGGAGUUCCACAGUAGAUCGGAACCAGCUCUUCUUGGAAGAUGGAGAACUAGGCUCUGGAAACUUUGGUACAGUCAUGAAGGGAAUCUACAAGAUGAGGAAAACAGAGAAGCCAGUUGCAGUCAAAGUCCUGAAGAAUGAUGAUAACAACCCAUCAGUACGCGAGGAAAUGCUGCGAGAGGCCAAUGUCAUGCAACAGCUGGACAAUCCUUAUAUUGUCCGGAUGAUCGGGAUCUGUGAGGCAGAGAACCUCAUGCUGGUCAUGGAGCUGGCUGAGCUGGGACCACUCAACAAGUUCCUGCAGAAAAACAAGCAAACAACCGUAAAGAACAUCACAGAGCUUGUCCAUCAGGUGUGUAUGGGCAUGAAAUACCUGGAGGAGCAUAACUUCGUCCACAGAGACCUUGCUGCCAGGAACGUGCUGCUGGUCACACAGCAUUAUGCCAAGAUCAGCGACUUCGGCCUCUCCAAAGCUGUGGCUGAGGAGCAGAACUACUACAAGGCUAAGGGUCAUGGGAAGUGGCCAGUGAAAUGGUACGCUCCUGAGUGUAUAAACUACUUCAAAUUCUCAUCCAAAAGUGACGUGUGGAGCUUUGGGGUGCUCAUGUGGGAGGCAUACUCCUUUGGCCAGAAACCAUACAAGGGGAUGAAAGGAAAUGAUGUCAUGCAGAUGAUUGAAAGUGGACAGCGUAUGGACUCCCCAGCAAACUGUCCGCCAGAGAUGUAUGACCUCAUGAGGACCUGCUGGACAUACAAGGCAGAUGAGAGGCCUGCAUUUACUGUCGUUGAGCCAAGAUUACGAGAGUAUUACUAUGACACUGCACAAUGAUUCUUCAUAUGGAUGUUAUGAGACUAUGCAAACUAUUGGUUGAUGAGAAAACUGCAUUUAAUCAUGUAUGAAUGACUGGGAAUGGUUUGAAUUAUAAAUGCUGUUGUAAAACACUGAAAAUAUACACCAUAAUUAUGCAAAUGUAUUUCUUUUAUUAUUUGUCCUUCCUGAAUGUAAACAGUAUGAAAGUUGUAAUAAACAGAAACAAGUCCAUCUUGUUUGUUGAACAGCUAACCAACUACACAGCUGAUUCAUUUGGUAGAUUUUUCAUACUGUAAGAGCAUCGUAUGUAUUAUAACUGCAUCACUGUCAUUAUGUCAUAGUUCAACCAAAAGUCCUUGAAGGAAGGUCUGAUUGUUUCAUGGCGAGACCUGGAGGUCUUGGAGUUAUCAGCAGGGGGUGUUUCUGUACUUACAUAUAAAUCAUAUGUAUAUUAUCACUGUAACUCAUUAACUAAUGCUACCUAAUGCUAAUAAAUGCUAAUUAAUGCUAAAUCAAUGCUAAAAUCUGUCAGUAUUAUACAGUUAGUGUCCUGGAGAUCCACUGAUAUUUAACAUAUGUAAGAGUAGAGUUACUCCAAAAGGACAGAGGCAUUGUUCAUUUCAAGCUUUGGUUUCUCUUUAAAGAUAUAAUACAUAGCAUUAAAAUGUCUACAAAAACUAGACUUAUUUUGUUGAGUUGUGUACUUCCAUUAUCUCAAAUGUUUCCAACAAUGUUUCAGUCCAGAGAAAUCUCAAGGUGUUUCAUUUGGUCACUUUUGUCAGCUUUUGUUAUUGUUUUGAUCAUCAGUAGCAGGUGGAGGUGUCAGGAAAAAUCAGCCAAUAAAAUGGAUUCAACA